ACUCUAUUGGUUGAUACUCCUUUAAUUUGGUUUCAGGCUGAGGAGUCGUGUAAAUGCAAUGGCUGGAAGAACCCCAACCCACCUCCCACACCCCCUCGGGCAGACCUGCAACAGGCAGUUGUGAGCCUUACUGAGCCGUGCCGCAGCUGCAGUCACACACUAGCUGCUCAUGUUUCCCACCUGGAGAAUGUGUCUGAAGAAGAAAUGAAUAGGCUGCUGGGGAUUGUACUGGAUGUGGAGUAUCUGUUCACCUGUGUCCAUAAAGAAGAAGAUGCAGACACCAAGCAAGUUUAUUUCUACCUGUUCAAACUUUUGAGGAAGUGCAUUUUACAGAUGGGAAAACCUGUUAUUGAAGGAUCUUUGGAAAGUCCCCCAUUUGAGAAGCCUAGCAUUGAGCAGGGUGUGAAUAAUUUUGUGCAGUACAAAUUUAGCCACUUACCCUCAAAGGAAAGGCAGACAAUAGUGGAACUGGCUAAAAUGUUUCUGAACCGCAUUAACUAUUGGCACCUGGAGACACCUUCUCAACGAAGACUAAGAUCACCCAAUGAUGAUAUUGCAGGGUAUAAAGUGAAUUAUACCAGGUGGCUUUGUUACUGCAAUGUCCCUCAGUUCUGUGAUAGUCUACCUCGAUAUGAAACCACGCAGGUUUUUGGCAGGACAUUGCUUCGCUCCGUCUUUACUGUAAUGAGACGGCAACUGCUGGAGCAGGCCAGGCAAGAGAAAGACAAGCUUCCUCAAGAGAAACGGACACUAAUCCUCACCCAUUUCCCAAAGUUUCUGUCAAUGCUGGAAGAAGAAGUCUACAGCCCAAAUUCUCCUAUUUGGGAUCAGGAUUUCAUGGUGUCUACUUCUCGAACUGGCCAGCUGGGAAUCCAGACAGUUAUCAAUCCUCCUCCUGUUGCAAGAUCUGUUUCAUAUUGUGCAAGCCCGUCAUCUCUGGAGCAACCCAAUAGUGGAAAUAUGAGUCCUGCUUGCAAAGUUUCUUCAGUCCUUGACCCAAACUUAGGGGAAAAGAGAAAAAAUAAUGAACCGUAUUCUCUGGAGGACUCGAAAAGACCAAGGGUUGUAGGAGAUAUUCCUAUUGAGUUGAUCAAUGAAGUGAUGUCAACAAUUACAGAUCCUGCGGCAAUGCUUGGGCCAGAGACCAACUUCCUCUCGGCACAUUCAGCCCGGGAUGAGGCAGCAAGACUGGAGGAGCGCAGGGGGGUGAUUGAAUUCCACGUGGUUGGGAACUCCCUGAACCAGAAGCCAAACAAGAAGAUCAUGAUGUGGCUGGUUGGUUUGCAGAACGUGUUCUCCCACCAGCUCCCUCGAAUGCCAAAGGAGUACAUCACACGCUUGGUUUUUGAUCCGAAACACAAGACUCUUGCAUUAAUAAAAGAUGGUCGCGUUAUUGGCGGUAUCUGCUUCCGAAUGUUCCCUUCCCAAGGAUUUACAGAGAUCGUUUUCUGUGCUGUGACUUCCAAUGAGCAAGUCAAGGGUUAUGGAACUCACCUAAUGAACCAUUUGAAGGAAUACCACAUCAAACACAACAUUCUCAACUUUCUCACAUAUGCAGAUGAAUAUGCUAUCGGCUACUUCAAAAAACAAGGUUUUUCCAAAGAUAUUAAAGUACCAAAAGCAAAAUAUGUUGGCUACAUCAAGGAUUAUGAGGGUGCCACAUUAAUGGGAUGUGAAUUAAAUCCAAGGAUUCCCUACACAGAAUUUUCGGUCAUCAUUAAAAAACAAAAGGAGAUCAUUAAAAAGCUCAUAGAAAGGAAACAAGCUCAGAUUCGAAAAGUUUAUCCUGGCCUUUCUUGCUUCAAAGAUGGAGUACGACAGAUUCCUAUAGAAAGCAUCCCUGGAAUUAGAGAGACUGGCUGGAAACCAAGCGGAAAAGAAAGAGGUAAAGAGCCCAAGGAUCCAGAUCAACUUUACAGCACAUUAAAAACCAUUCUGCAGCAGGUGAAGAGCCAUCAAAGCGCUUGGCCCUUCAUGGAACCUGUGAAGAGAACAGAAGCUCCUGGAUAUUAUGAAGUUAUAAGGUUUCCCAUGGAUCUCAAAACAAUGAGUGAGCGACUCAAGAAUAGGUACUACGUGUCUAAGAAAUUAUUCAUGGCAGACUUGCAGCGAGUCUUUACAAAUUGCAGAGAGUACAACCCCCCCGAGAGUGAAUACUACAAAUGUGCCAAUAUACUGGAGAAAUUCUUCUAUACAAAAAUUAAAGAAGCCGGAUUGAUUGAUAAGUGACA